AAGCGACUCAGAGCAGAACACCGGGGUGGUCGGUAGAUACACUCGACACGUUGCUGAUACACUCGUCUUUGCAGAUUUACCACUUUUUAUCUAAAAAUGGCCACUGAAGUUUUGGACGACCAUGAGAUGAGGGAGGCCCAGAGGGACUAUCUGGACUUUCUGGACGACGAUCAAGACCAGGGAGUCUAUCAGAGCAAGGUUCGGGAUAUGAUCAACGAGAAUAAAUUUCGCCUCAUCGUCAAUAUCAACGAUCUGCGGCGCCGCAACGAAGCUCGCGCUGCCAAACUAAUGAACAAUGCUUUCGAAGAGCUCCUGGCCUUCCAGCGUGCUCUUAAGGACCUGGUUGCUUCUGUGGAUGCCACCUACGCCAAGCAGUUUGAGGAGUUCUUCAUUGGACUGGAGGGCAGCUUUGGGAGCAAACAUGUGACCCCGCGCACCCUCACGUCGCGCCUGCUGGGGAGCAUGGUGUGCGUUGAGGGCAUUGUCACCAAAUGCUCUCUGGUGCGGCCCAAGGUAGUGCGAAGUGUCCAUUUCUGCCCAGCCACUAAGAAGACUUUGGAGCGUAAAUACACAGACAUGACCUCAUUGGAUGCUUUCCCUUCAAGUGCCAUCUACCCAACAAAGGAUGAAGAGAACAAUCCACUGGAGACAGAGUUUGGCUUGUCCAUCUAUAAGGAUCAUCAGACCAUCACGGUGCAGGAGAUGCCGGAGAAAGCUCCUGCCGGCCAGCUGCCCCGCUCAGUGGACAUCAUUCUGGACAAUGACAUGGUGGAUGCGGCCAAACCGGGUGACCGCGUGCAAGUCGUUGGGACCUAUCGCUGCCUGCCUGGCAAGAAGGGUGGCUUCACCUCUGGCAACUUCAGGACCAUUAUGAUAGCCUGCCAAGUGAAGCAGAUGAGCAAAGAGGUCACUCCGUACUUUUCUGCAGAUGACGUGGCGAAGAUCAGGAACUUCAGCAAGUCUCGCACAAAGAAUGUGUUUGACCAACUGGCCCGCUCUUUGGCCCCCAGUAUCCACGGGCACGAGUAUAUUAAGAAGGCCAUUCUGUGUAUGCUGCUGGGUGGAGUGGAAAAGGUUCUGGAAAACGGAUCUCGCAUUCGUGGAGACAUCAAUGUUCUUCUCAUAGGUGACCCCUCUGUGGCCAAGUCUCAGCUGCUGCGGUAUGUGCUGCAUACCGCUCCCCGUGCUAUCCCCACCACAGGCCGUGGCUCAUCCGGAGUGGGUCUGACUGCUGCUGUCACCACUGAUCAGGAGACAGGUGAGCGUCGGCUGGAGGCUGGUGCCAUGGUGCUGGCUGAUCGAGGCGUGGUCUGCAUUGAUGAGUUUGACAAGAUGUCUGACAUGGAUCGUACUGCCAUUCACGAGGUUAUGGAGCAGGGACGUGUCACCAUUGCCAAGGCGGGCAUCCACGCCCGUCUGAAUGCCCGCUGCAGCGUUCUGGCAGCCGCCAAUCCAGUCUAUGGAAGGUAUGACCAGUAUAAGACACCAAUGGAGAAUAUUGGCCUGCAGGACUCCCUGCUGUCUCGUUUUGACCUGCUCUUCAUCAUGCUGGACCAGAUGGAUCCUGAACAGGACCGGGAGAUCUCAGACCAUGUGCUGCGCAUGCAUCGCUACCGGGACCCCCAUGAGCAGGAAGGAGCAGCACUGGCUCUGGGUGGAGCAGUAGAUGUCUUGGCCACUGAUGAUCCAGAUGCAGCUCAGGAGGCAGAGACAGAGCUGCAAGUGUAUGAGAAGCACAACAACCUUCUCCAUGGCAACAGAAGGCAAAGAGUGGUGAGCAAAGAGUUCAUGAGGAAGUACAUUCAUGUCGCCAAAGCGAUUUCCCCUGUACUGACCCAAGAAGCAGCCAAUCACAUCGCAGAGGAGUACUCGCGACUGCGCAGCCAGGACCAGCUUGGCUCUGACAUUGCUCGGACGUCCCCUGUCACAGCCAGGACUCUGGAGACUAUGAUCCGUUUGUCCACGGCUCACGCCAAGGCCCGCAUGAGCAAGUCUGUGGAGCUUGAGGACACAGAGGUUGCAGUGGAGCUUGUUCAGUUCGCCUACUUUAAAAAGGUUCUGGAGAAGGAGAGGAAACGUUCCAGACAGGGAGAACAGGACUCAGCAUCUGAAGAUGAGGAGGAGGAGGAAGGUCAGGACACCCCUCGGCAGCAGAGGAAGAGGAGGCGCCGUUCAGCUGAGCGCAGGCCAUCACAGGGCAGUGAACCCUAUGAUCCAUAUGACUUCACCACUGAGGCAGAUAUACCUCAGAUCCAAUCUCCUGCCCCUGCAAGGCCUGCUGAGGAGCCCAUGGAGACGCCUGAGCAGAACGGUCACUCAGAAUUAUCAGCGGACAGGCUGAAGGAGUUCAAAGCCGCAUUGCUGGAGGUCUUCCGCUCUGCACACGCUCAGUCCGUGGGCAUGAAUGCUCUGAUGGAAGGCAUCAAUAAGACCUGCCCCACCCCCUUCGAUCAGGCUGAGGUCCGUGCCGCCCUCGGACGCAUGCAGGAUGAUAAUCAGGUCAUGGUAGCCGACGACAUCAUCUUCCUCAUCUAAAGAGGAAAGCGUGAGGAGGAGAAAGAGAAAGGAGGAAGCUCUAACCUGCAGAAUGUGGACAUUUGUCAGGGCUUGGUCCGUUUCAGAUACGUAUAAGCAAGAUGUUUAUUACCCAUAAAUCACUGUGCAUAUUUAAAUGCAUGUUUUAGUUUCUUUGUUCAAAGACAGUUGCUCGCCUUAAUGUGCACAUUAACUCAUCUAACUCAGUCUCACAGGUGCAUUUCCUUGAUUUAUUGUGAUUGUUUUAUCUGCAUUGCAUUUUAAGAGUUUGGCCAAACACUUGUAUAUAUUGCUUGUUCAGAGGAGGGUUAAAAUUGCUGCCCUAUAGAAAAACUGAAAAAUAAAAAAAGCAAUUUUGUUAAA